CACAUCACUAGUAUCGUUAUCUCCCAUCCCUAAAAGACGACGCCAAAACAAAAUAUAUUUUUUGCAUUUUUGAAAAACAUUUUACCACUUUGCCAUGUACAACGUAGACUGCAUUCCCAUCAAGGACAUCAAGCCGGGCCUGAAGAACAUCAAUGUGAUUUUUAUCGUCCUGGAAGUGGGCGUGGCCACCGUGACGAAGGAAAACCGCGAAGUGCGGAACUUUAAGGUGGGCGAUCCCACGGCCUGCAUAAAUGUCUCGAUUUGGGACGAGCCGGGCAAGCUGAUAGCCCCCGGUGAUAUAGUGAGACUGACCAAGGGAUACGCCUCCAUCUGGAGGCACUCGUUGACUCUGUACUCCGGCAAGAACGGCGAGGUGUUCAAGAUCGGUGAAUACUGCAUGAUCUUCAACGAGACGCUCAACAUGAGCGAGCCGAAGCGGGUGGAGCAGCAGGCGGUGGCCAAUCCUGGUGGCCAAUUGGCAACAGUUCCUCCGACAGGACUUCCGGCUGGAAGUGGUGCUGCAGGUCUGCCCGCAAAGGGCGGCUCUACUGGCCUUCCGCAACCCGUGGUGGCCGCCGCCUCAGGCGUUCCCGCUGGCCAGGGCCCCGCGACCACAGCUCCUGCCCCGGCAGCCACCAGUGCUCCUCAAACGACAACGAAACCAGGCACUCGCGGCGGCCGAGGAGGCGGAGGACGAGGUGGCCUCAAGGGAGACCGACGGUAAGUGGUCUGGACGCGUGGGCUAGGAUCAGGAACUAUGCGAACAAGAACCAAACCCUAGUAUUAAUGUUUAGCUUAAUGAUUUACUUAACAAUGUUAUCCAAACCGUUUUGAUUAUACAAUUUACGAACAACGUGUGUACUUAUAAAGUGCAA